UUUCUUCGGAGACUGUCUCAAUCUUUAUCCAACUUCGCAAGCAAAUCCUCGCGGAGAGAGGGAUCGCAAUCAUUGCAUUGGCUGUUUUGAUUUCAUCCAAUUCCGCAGCUGUUGUUGGGAAUCUAUCGUGAUCUCGUAAAAAUCGCUUUAAAUUCGUUUACUCGGUCGCCUCCGAUCGUUACGAGUUGUCGCCGGCGAAUUCGCGCCUGUUCAUCUUAUGGAUUGGUACAAUUCGUGCUAUUUUGUGGGUUCUUUGCUUGAAUUUGGGGCGGGGAUUGUGUUGAGCUUGGGGAUUUGAGGGGGAAAGGGUUUUUUUUGGCUGUUUUUUUGGGUGAAGAGUGGAUUUUUGGCGACUAGGGCUUCGAUUUGGGGGCGGGGAAGAUGAGCUCCGGGUCGAUGGUAACGUCGACCGCCGCCGCCGCCGAGGACGUGGUCCUCGGGAAGAAGCUCCUGGUCCACGUCGCUGAGAACGGGCACAGCUUGGAGUUCCAGUGCGGCGGGUCCACUCCCGUCGAGGCCAUCCAGCGCUCGAUCGAGGCCCUCUGCGGCAUCGCCUUGGUCGACCAGCUCCUGCUCUGCCGCAACACCUCGCUGGACGCACAGCAGACCUUGUCCUACUACAAGCUCCCCCAGGACGACCGCGAGGUCUUUCUCUACAACAAGGCCAGGCUCCACGCCGACUCCCCCAGGCCUCCCCUGGAAGCUAUCGAUGUCCCCAUGCCGGCCGUCCCCCCGCCGCCUUCUCCGGCCAACGACCCCCACCCUUUGGACAAUGCGCCGGACCCCGCCCUGAAGGCGUUGGUUUCGUACGAGCGCCACUUCCGGCACCACUUCCAGGUCGCCAACGCCUUGUUCGGACGCUCUCAGGUGAAGUUGGAGCUGUGCCGAAGGCUUCUGAGGGAGCAGCAGGUGCAGGGGAGGGCAUUGGACACUGCUCGAGGCAAUCUUGAACACACAUUCAAGAAGCUGCAAUUGCGGUACACGGAAUUCGUCAGGUGCUUUGCCCAGCAGCACAAGAGCCACUCUGAGCUCCUCGCGAACUUCGAGAGCGAUGUCGAAAAGCUCAGGUCCUUGAGGCUCCACCCAAGAUUGCAAUCCAAGAACCGCAAGCACUUGCUCGAUCUCGUGAAGGAGAAUGACCAGAGAAAGUGUGUGGAUAGUUGCUCUAGUUCUCACCGGCUCUUUGAAACUAAAGUUUCAGAGUUGAAGACGGGUUUCGUGGAGCUGAAGAGAAGGUUUGAGAGCUUAAUCUCAUCUAUGAUCUCAGCUAGUUGGGGAGAAUUGGAGAAUGCUAUCAGAAAUCAUCAAAAGAUUAUCAAUGAUCAGAAAAUCGUAAUGCAAGCACUGAGUAAGGAUGUCGAAAUUGCUAUGAAACUUGUGGAUGAUUCAGACCUCUCGCUUUCUCCCUCGCUUCUCCCGCACGAUGCUGUGUCAGUGCUUGGCCGAAUUUAUGAUGUGCACGAAAGAAAUCACCUUCCAAAUAUGCAAAAUUGUGAUAAUGUUGUGUCAAUGUUGCUAGAUAAGUGCAAGUCGAAGAAAAACGACAUGAAUUUGUUGGUUCAUCUCAGUAUGCAGAAGGUCAAGUCAGUUCAGUUCGAUAUCAGAGACACGAUCAAUGAACUUCAUGUGUUUCAAGAGGUAAUGGGCCAUCAAAACAGGGAGUUUGAAAAUGUAAAAUUUGUCAAUGGUGUAGGGCAAGCUUAUCGAGCAUGCCUUGCCGAGAUUGUAAGAAGGAAAUCUUGCUUGAAGUUGUACAUGGGCCUGGCUGGACAGCUGGCAGAAAAGCUCGCAGCAGAGAGGGAAACCGAGAUCAGACGACGAGAGUCCUUCUUGAAAACUUGGAGCAAAUACAUACCUAAUGAUCUAUUAAACACUAUGGGAUUGCUCGAUUUGCCAACUCAGUGUGACGUGCAUAUAACACCUUUUGAUGGAAACUUGCUGGAGAUCGACAUGGUAGAUGUAGAUCGUUUCGCACCAGUGACCUUAGUAGGAUUGAUCUCUAUGCCCCAGAAACAUGCUCCAGAGAAAGGUUUAUCUGCUACAUGUUGCAGCAGCAGUAUCACUAAAUCUGAAGAAAGUUCAUUACAAAGUGGGGAUAAAGUUGAUUUUCUUGAUGGUUGUGAAUCUGUGGGCAUUGCUGGAACUAGUAAGAUGGAAGUGGAGAACGCACAAUUGAAAGCUGAACUUGCUUCAGUGAUCGCUAUGAUUUGUGUGCUCAAAGCUGAUACUGGACACGAUUCAGAUGCAUUGACAAAGGAUGAUUUGUUGAAUAAUCUGAAGGAGAAGACAGCUGAGGCUCUUCGGUUGAAGGAUGAUUUUUCCAAUCAUCUUAAGUCUAUGCUAAAUAUGAAGCAAGAGCAAUGCUUGUCUUACGAAAAAAGGAUCAAAGAGCUCGAACAAAGAUUGGCGGAUCAGUAUCUGCAGGGGCAAAAACUUGCAGGUAAAGGCGUUUCUGAUUCCGAUAUGUCAGCCAUCAAGAAUGAUAACCAUAAGUUUGAUAUUUUUGGAGAAGGGGAUGCACACAUACCUUACAUGUUAACCAUGCCUAUGGACGAAGUGUCGAGCACAUCUGGUUUGUUGGAUCCAAAGAUAGAUCAUGUUUAUGCACAAGCGAGUCAAGCAGCUGAAGGUGGAGAUGAGAAUAUGAGUGAUCUUUCUGGCACGCUUAAUCUGCAUGCUGUUAAAUCUGCACAUAAUUUAAUGGAUGCUUCAAUGCUAGAGCAACCUCAGGAUGAAAGCCAGGUCGAUCCUCUUGCUGAUACAGUGAAAAUGAUAACAUCCCAGUUGACCAUGGCAAAGGAUUCAUCCAGUAUUGGUGCUGGGAUUGCUGAGAACAUUUUACUGAGUGAAACUUCUGACGAGCUAGGUAUGGAAUCAAAAAACAAAGAUGCCCUUGUAUUGGACCUACGAAAUGCCCUGGUGGAGAAGGCAAAGCAGUGUGAUGAAUUGGAAAACAAACUCAAAGUGACCAUGGAGGAGUUCAGCUCUGUCAAGAAAGAACGGGAGAUGAAUCGAAGCCUACUUGAUGAAUCUCAGAUGAACUGUGUGCAUUUGGACAAUUGCCUGCAUGAAGCUAGAGAAGAUGCUCGCACUAACCUUUGUGCCGCCGACAGAAGGGUGUUGGAGUACAACGCUUUGCGCUCAAAAGCUGUUAAGAUGCAUAGUUUGUUUGACCGAUUUCGCAGCUGUGUUACUGCUCCUGGUGCCAUUGCCAGUUUUGCGGAUUCAUUACAUUCUUUUGCUCUGUCUCUCCCCAGUGAGGAUGAAGAUGAUGUUACCAGGGAGUUCCAAGUAUGUAUAAAGGUUUUGAUAGACAAGGUAACCUUUUUGUCUCGCCAUCACGCGGAGCUCUCUGAGCGUUGUUCAAGAGCAGAAGCUGCGCAUGGGAAUCUCUCUAGGGAACUCGAAGAGAAGAACGAGCAACUUACGAACUUAUACAAUAAAUUUCAACUGGAGAAACAGGCAAACAAGGAGAGAAUUACUUUUGGUCGAUUCAAAAUUCGCGAGCUUGCUGCAUUUGUUUUGAACUUCACUGGACACUACGAGGCAAUCAACCGAAACUGCCCCAACUACUACCUCUCCGAAGAGUCCGUUGCCCUCUUUAAGGAACAAUACUCCAUCAAUCCAAUAUUCAUGAUCGGACAGAUAGUGCAUAUCGAACGACAGGUCGUACUGCCAGUGUUGUCUCCCACAAGUCAGCACGGUGAUCAACUAGAGGCUUCACGCAACAGCGAAACCGGUAACCAUCAGUCAAUUGAACCAGCCGCUGCAUUGAACCCUUAUAAUCUUCCCAUAGGUUGUGAAUACUUCAUAGUGACAAUUGCGAUGCUACCUGACACGAUUCAUUCAGCUUCCUGAUCUUUGCCCCAUCGCCGCAGAAAUGAAGGAAGAUCAAAAUUGUACAUAACAUAGGAUUCACUUUAAGGGUAGUGAUGUACAUAAAAGAACUUUCUAAUGUUUCUUUGCAUGUGAAUUGUUUCCCUCUUUUUUUUUAUAUAAUGGUACAGCCUAAU